AUGCAGAACUCCAAGCCUGGAUACAGACACCCUCUGCAGAGAGGUGAUGAGGCAGCAACGUUACUGGAGAAUCUAGCCUCGGAACAAGGAGACACAGGGCAACAGGCUGCUUUCUGUGUUCAGGAGCAGGAUGUGCACUUAGUGGUGACAGAGUAGCAAGGAGCCUCUGUGGAGGAGAAUCAGAGCCUCCAUUUCCUGCAGUCCGGGGUCACUCCCUGGACAAGGGGAUCUCCAGAGCUCCCCCAGGAUGUGAGCAAUGAUUCAUGGAACCCCACUGAAAGGGCAGUCUCCGAUUUGAACAGGAGCUGCCAACCACCCUGCGAUUCCGGGGCCAAGAUGCACAUUGCAUCCGUGCAGUGUGUGGCUGGAGAUAUUACUCGGAAAGGGAGGGAAGAAGACAAAUCUCAAGUGAGUGAUCUGCUCCUCGGCCCUGUGUUUUCUGAUGAUUCAGAGACAGAGGAAGACAACAAGCCUGAGGCGUAGCCUGAGGGAAGGAGGCUAAAGGUCAGCAUCCCUGAGAAGCACUGGACUAAACAAGACAUUAAGCCCAAUUUUCCAAGCUGGUCAGCACUGGAUUUUGGACUUUUGAAUCUAAAGAGUGAGAAGUUGAACCCAGUAAAGCUCUUUGAAUUAUUUUUUGAUGAUGAAACAUUCAACUUGAUAGUCAAUGAAACCAAUAAUUAUAUUUCUCGGAUAAAUGUCAACCUAGAAGUCACAGUGCAGGAAAUGUGAUGUGUGUUUGGUGUCCUUCUCUGGAGUGGAUUUGUAAGGCAUCUCAGGAGGGGGAUGUAUUGGGAAAUCUCUGAUUCUGAUCAGACUCUGAUUAUAAAUGCAAUUAGAAGGGACAGAGUUGAAUUAAUUUUCUCAUUCCUGCAUUUUGCGGAUAAUAGCCACCUAGAUCAAAAAGAUAUGUUUUCAAAAUUGAGGCCUCUCACAAAGCAAGUGAAUUAAAAUUUCCUCCUGUAUGCCCCCCUAGAGGAAUACUAUUGUUUUGACAAGACAAUGUGUGAAUGCUUUGAUAGUGACCAGUUUCUGAAUGGAAAGCCUCUUAGAAUUGGCUAUACAUUUGGUAUGGCGCAACCACACAAAGCUAUCUGGCUUGGUUUGAGCCUCACCAAGAAGACUCAGCUGUGGAAACAGAUAAGGAGCUGGACCUUGGACUAG